AUGUUCCCAGACAGCGGGCCCGGCGCCGGCAAGAGACUCGGAGAUAUCAGGCAAGCAUUCAUCGAGGGCAGUGGUGAGUCUUUUCGUCUGUUCAAUGUAGUGUGCGAGCUACAUCGCCGUGGACCCCAACACCGGCGGCCUCGCGGCGUGGCUGAAAACGGGUGCGACGACACGGGGUCCGAAGCGCCCGCGCCCGACGCCAGGCAAGAGCAAGCCGGACCCGCCAAAGGAUUCGCCGUGCUCAAGCGACGGGACUUGCCAGAGCCACGGAUGCCCUGGCGGCGUGGACGCGCGGUGCACGGCCUCGGCUGGGCCUUUUUCAGGGAAUUGUGUGUGGUGACAUAA